UUGCAACCGGCGAAGUGUUCAAUUUAUAAUAUGCCAAGAAUUAUCUAUUUUGCGGUUUUUGCUCUAGGUUCAGUACAAGCUUCUGAACAAAAAUGUGAAGGUGUUACUAUUAACGGAGUUAUAUAUGAAAAAGAAACGCUUAAAACUGGUUUAGAUAGCCCUUAUCAAUUUAGCAUUAAUUACAAUACCAACAACAUAUUCUUUAGUUAUUCAACAAAUACCAAAGAUCAAAGAUUUCAGUUAGCCUAUAUAAAUCUUAAAACAAAAGAAUUUAAUACAAUAACAACUAUAACAGAUGGAUUUGCAUCGGCAGUUGACUUGGAAAAUAACAAAGUUUUUUUGGGCAGUAAAGGUGGAAUUUAUGACUUUGAUUUGAAGUCAAAAACCACAAGUCAUCUUGGUGCACGAAAUCAUAAUAUUUGGCAAAUGUUUUAUAAAGAUGAGUUUAUAUCUAGGCAUUCAGUUCAACAAUAUGCUAGCAGCUAUGGUAACAUGUCCAGAAAAGAAGAAACAGACAGGAAAGUAUUUAAAGAAAAUUAUGACAUGCAUGAAGAAGAAGAUUAG